CAUUCUCAUUCGUAAAUCCAGAAAUUAGGGUUUUCUUCCCGCCGAAACCUCACCGGCAAUUGUCUCCGGCGUCUCCCAAUUCAUCUUCCGGGUCUGCUAAAGCACAAGGCUUUAUUAAUAUCUUCUUAUAUAUAGAGUUUUCUGAUAUUUUAGAUAAUGGAUACAUCAAGUCCUGCUGCUUUUGUUAAUGGAGCUUUGUUGAGACGGUACAUUGGUCAGAAAGUGAGAGCAGUGAUUCAAGUUAUUAGGUCAGAUAUUGGAUCAGUGAUUGGUAAAUCGACUGAUGAUCAACAGAUUGUUGUUAAGGGUUCACCAAAUCCGCCUUUAACUACUUACAUUGAGGUAAUUGGAAUUGCUGAGACUGAGAACACCAUUCGAGCUGAAGUUUGGACCAACUUUGGUGAUAGUUUUGAUGCACAAAACUACAAUGAACUAUGUAAGCUCGCAAAUGGUGAGUUUAGACACUUGUUCAUCUAAAUCACAGGGUGAAUGUCGCUAGCACUUGUCUUGUUGAUUCUUUGGGUUGGAGCUAUUGAUAUGCCUCGUUGAUCUUUAGUGUUGAAGCUCUUUUGUUUCAUGUUAGUUUCACGGUUCAACCUUAUGAUCUUUGAAUUAUGUAUGUAUCUGGCUAUGAAUCUUAUGUUUCUUGUUUAGUUGUUUGGUUCUCUUUGCUUUUCUUUUGAUUCCAUCACAUUUGGAUCCUAGAUUGUAAAAUGGUCUAAAACUAUAUAAACAUUAAAACUUUCAAUAAGAAAAAAAAA